AUGAAAGUCUUUAUUGAUGUAUUUACUGGUGAUGAACUAUGUAGUGAUUCAUAUCCAAUGAAAGUAAUUGAUGAUGUUUAUUAUGAAGUUGAAGGCAAAAAUAUUGUUGAAAGUAACGAUAUUGAUGAAUCAUUAAUUGGUGGUAACAAAGCACCAGAAGGAAGUGAAGCCGCUGCUGAAGAAGAUAGUAGUGUUUCUACAACAGCAGUAACUGGCAUUAAUGUUAUUUUAACUCAUAAAUUAUCUGAAACACCAUUUGAUAAAGCUAGUUUCAAAGAUUGGUUAAAAACAUACUCAAAACAACUUAAAGAUUAUCUCCAAGAACAUGCUCCUACUCGUGUCCAACCAUUUCAAGCAGGUAUGACAAAAUUAGCCAAAGAAAUUCUCGGUAAAUUCGGCGAGUAUCGUUUCUAUCUUGGUGAAAGUAUGAAUAUUGAUGGUAUGGUUGUUCUUCAAUUCUAUCGUGAAGAUGGUCUAACACCUGUCUUCAUCUAUUUCAAAGAUGGCCUUCGCGAAGAAAAAUAUUGA